GUGGAACUCACAAAUCGAAACACUGCACAAGCGACAUUUACAAAGCUUACCUUUAAAUACAAUGCUAUACUGGAUGAAAAUCUUGAUGCAGCACAACAUAUGAUAGUGAGACCAUCGACUGAAAACUUACAUUCAGUUAUUGAUAAUGGGAGGUUUUUCAUCGUUUGCCUUAGGGAAAGGACAUGUAGUUGUAGAAGGUUCCAGCUUGAUCAAAUCCCUUGUCCGCAUGCGUGGGCGGUUUUGAGGUCAAAAAACUUAGAGGGUGAAGAUUACUGUUCUAUGUACUACAACAAUGAAUACAUGUUGAAAGCAUACGACAUUCCAAUAUAUCCUCUUCCAGAUGAAAGCACAUGGACAAUUCCAGUAGAGGUAUUAGAACAAGCUGUGUUGCCACCAGUCUGGAAUAAGAUGCCUGGAAGACCGAAAAAGGUGAGAUACAAGAAGGUUUCAGAAUCACAAGCUAAGAGGCCAAAGAGUUCAUGCGGACAAUGUGGACGUGAGGGCCACAAUAGGAGAACAUGUAGAAAUAUACCUUAUAACCACUGA